AUCAACAAUUCUAUUCAUCCAGAAUUUAUAAACCCUAGUAAGUGAAAGUGAAAGAAACUACUCAUCCAAAUAUCUAUGGAAAAGAAAAUGAAUCCCGUUAAUGCAACCUUCUCUUUCUCGGAGCUUGAUUUCCUUGAAAUCGAAAACCAUCUUCUGAAUUAUGAUUCCGAUUUUUCUGGAUUGCCUAAUAGUCCUAGCUCAAGUUUUGGCAGCUCCCCUUCAGCAGAAAAUAGCUUGGAUACCUCUCUUUGGGAUGAAAACUUUGAGGAAACAAUACCACAUCUCGAAGAAAAGUCCGAGUCCGACGAGGAAACAAAGGGGCAUGUGGUGGCGCGUGAGACAAACGCGCCGCAAGAUUGGAGGCGGUACAUAGGAGUGAGACGGCGACCGUGGGGAAAGUUUGCGGCGGAGAUAAGGGACCCGGAGAGAAAAGGUGCGAGAUUGUGGCUAGGAACUUACGAGACUCCUGAAGAUGCAGCAUCGGCUUACGAUCAAGCCGCUUUCAAAAUCCGCGGCUCGAGAGCUCGGCUCAAUUUUCCUCACUUAAUUGGAUCAAACAUGCCUAAGCCGGCUAGAGUAACAGCGCGGCGUAGCCGUAGGCGCUCACCCGAGCCAUCGUCUUCUUCAUGCACCUCAUCAUCAGAAAAUGGGACAAGAAAAAGGAAAAUAGAUUUGAUAAAUUCCAUAGCCAAAGCAAAAUUUAUUCGUCAUAGCUGCUGGAACCUACAAAUGUUGCUAUAACUGUAUUUGGAAGGAAUUAAUUUAGAGUAUUGAAUGUUUUUGAUUUUGAAUAGUCACCUAAAGCUCCUGAAGAACGGAACUUGUAAACUUCUCUCUGUCUCCGUAUCAUGUUCUAAUUUAACAUGAUAUUACAUGAGCGCCUCAUAAAUAUAACUAAAUCUGUUCGAUAUGGUAUCA